GCUGUUUAACGGUCACAUUUCUCGCAUAACAAUUUUUGCCGUUGGCCAUACACACUUAAAUGACAAUACACACCGUAGUACUAGGCACGUGAGCUAUGCGUAACCCUAACCCAACAUUAUCAUUAUCUCUCUACCGUGGCAUAGAGUGGUGAGUGAGUGAGCAAGUGAAUGAGUUGUUUGCUGCUAUGCCUUAGGACUUGAGCAUGAAUGGCGGUAUGUGUGUCAGCCAGCUUACAGGGCCAAGUGUAUUAAAGUAUGCCAGUGAAUUAGUGCGUGUGAAUGUGUCAGUGUUUCGUGGUGUCCUGGCAGCCCAUAUUUGUUAAGCCAAGAAAGCCAGGCUAAGGGCCCAAAACAAACAAAAAAAAAAAACGACACAAAAGAAGUGAACAACAAAAAUGCCAACAAAGUCGGGUCGCGUUGAGAGGCAAAAGUAUUUUUGUGUGUGAGACAUAAAAUAUUAAUAAGGAACCUCUGAAAACAACUGCUGCAUAUUUAAAGCCCUUAUAAAUAUUAAAAAAAAGAAACAAAAUGUUUAUAUAUAUAUAAAAAUAUCUACAGAACACAGCAUACUUUUGGGCGGCCUGAAGUAACGCAUUAAAAAAUCUCCUUAAAGCUAUCAAAACAAAAAAACACAACGCCGCCAUCGUUGCCGCGCCAUUAAGUAAACGAAAAAGUGUUAAACUUAAAUAAAAAUGAUAAAUUAUGACCGACCGAGUAAAAAGGCCAAAAGAGAGCUGGGGAAUUAUUAAAAUGUUUAAUGAUUAAUUAAACCCACAAGUAAAUCCAGCAAAACCAACAAAACCAACAAAAGGGACAAAAGAAUGAAACCCACCAUCAUCAUAAUGAGUGUUGCCUACUUUUCGGGCAACAAUGGGAAACAAAUAAAGUGAGAGAGAUUUUCGUGAGUGUGUGCGAAUAUGAAAAAGUUGAAACAACAAGUGUUUGCCCGAAACUAAUCCCCGGGGCCAUAAGAUAAGGGUUUACUCUGCCAAACCUCGCUCACCCCCCAAAAGCAGACUACAAAAAAUGCUUAGGCGCUAUAAUUCCAUAAAAUACCAUUAAAAUAUGAUAAUUACUGAGUAAUUAAAAAUUCUGUAAAUUUCAUUUAAAUGAAGAGCAACUGAUUUUCGCACAGACAACAUUUUGACCUACAAAAAAAAUUAUAACAAUUACUCAGCGCCCAAAAAUACAACAGAAAAUACCAAAUUGUCCUUCUAUUGUGUCGGAAUAUGAAAUUUACUCAUCCAUAAAGAAGAUAAAUGGCAACAGCUGCUGCACUCUAUUUCAAUAAAGAAUUUAUCAAAAAGUGAGAACAGUGAAAUGAUGUCUCUUUGUGUGGUGCUUGUGGUUUGAGUAGCAUGAUUAUCUGGCCAUAAAGAAUUUAUGGUAGCCAAAGGAUACGAUGGCCAAGAAAAUGGGUUAAAAGGGACAAAUGCAAAAAUGAACAUUAAUUAAAGCGUAACUUUUUGAGUGUGUUUGUGUGUGAGUGUCAAAAAUAAAAUGGUAUUUCUGAGUUGUUAUCAUACCAAAAAAAAAAUGUUGCCUACUUUUAGGCAUUGACGGAAAUAAAAGGAAAUUCUUGCCAAACAAAGACUAAAAUUAAGAAUUAAUUCAAAAGCAUGGUUUCAAAAGUUAUAGAAAUUAUAUUUUAUUAAGAAAAGCAUUAUGUGAAAAAUAAAAUAUCACCGGAAAGGUCUAAGAAAUCGAAACUUUGAGGACAUUUAAAGACCACUAACAAAAAACCGAAACUUCCUGGGAAAAAGUUUCCGGUUAACCCUUUUUGUUUGUCAAAAAACGUCAAAGGAAAUAGACUUCCAGUACCUUUUUAGUGAUAUACAAAAUUUUUUUUGAAGCAAUAAUAACAAAAAAGACGCACACAACCAUAAUAACGAAGGGAAAUAAAACAAAACAAACUCAUUUAUUCUCAGUGCUACUGUGUCCAGUGCUACUGUGGUGUUAUUUAAGUCGUACCAGAUCAGACCAUAGCAUAGUCUAUCAACAUCGUUUACUUUGUCUGCCGAGCCAUUAAACACGCCAAUAAAUGUUGGGAUUAUUGAAUUUCUAUUACCUGUCCAGCAAUAAAAACCAUGUGGCAAUCAAUGGAAAACCGCCCACAUUUGUGUUUCUCUUCCUGUCUUGGUUAUCGGAAGCUGUGCAGUAACAAAGUCAUAACCAGCAACAAUUACCAGCGGCACCAUCAAUGUCAGCUACAGCUACUACGCAGCCAGAAUCAACAGCAGCAGCAGCAACAACACCAUCGUCACCAACAUCACCAUCUGAUUCGAUGUAAUCAUUGUCGUUAUUAUCAUUUAAAGCUCCAUGGAUGCUGUCUCAUUAAAGACUUAAAAUCACAGACGCCACAACAGCAAGAAAAACAACUGCAAAGGCAGUUAAGUGCUCUGAAACUACUUAAGCCAAGGCACGUUGGCCACAAAUCCCCUUUGAAGCAAGCCACAAAAGGAGUAGGAGCCGGGGAAGGAGAAGAACGGCUGCAAGCCCACCGUGACCAUUGCCAACACAACCACAAAAGCCACCGCCUCGAACAGCGAAACAAUCAGUUUUAAAUAAAAACAAGCAACUCGGCUGUCAUUGUUGCUGCUGUCCCAUUGCCAGGGAUUAUUCAAAGCAAAAUCACCUUCCAAAAACAGGAAAUUAAGCAACGCCAACUUAAAAGCAAGGAUUUUUAUCAAUUAAGGCAUAAGCCUUGAGAGUUAAAGGAGAUUUUUAAGAAUUUCACUCAUACUCAAACAUUUGCCGUUAAUGGCUAAAAAUCUCCCAAAUACAGAAUUUUAGAAAGAGUUGCUUAGCUUCACAUCUGAAUUAGAGACUGAUUGGCCAUUCGUAUUAAUUUUUUUUUCUUUCGUUUUUUGUAAAAGGCCAAAACUGUUUUUACAUUGUCCACAGAGGAGAAAAAAAAAGAGAGUGAAGAACACACACACAGGGACAACCAUAAUGACACCUCCAACUGGUCUGAUGGCAACAGCCACCCUAACAGCAGGGGCAGCUGCCACCAACACUUUGUUAACAUCUUUAAUAAACAUGACAAAUCUAACAAGUUCCUCCUCCUCCACCUCGUCGGGCUCCUUCGCCUCUGCCUUCUCCACCUUCUCUCCCAGCCUCACAACCACACAGACUGCCAUGUAUCCACGGCUAACGUCUGGCAGUGUUGCUGGCAACAUCUUUGGACAUCACAAUCCCUCUUCGCAUCACCCGCAUUUGUCGCAUCAUCACAACUCCAACUCGCAACAGCAACAAUUUGGCCUGCAACAUCAAACUCAAACCCAUCACAAUCUCAUACACAUUGCCGAGGAUACAAAUGCGAAAUAUUUGAAUUUUGUAGCCAAUGGCCUACUGGACUCGAGUGGAGUUGUGGGUGGCAGUGUUGGUGUUGGCGGUGUCGGUACUCCAAUGGGCGGUGGUGUUGGUGCAGCAGACCCCAGUGGGACAGCCAUGGAAAUUGGCCACUUGGAUGAUUCCUUUAGCAUAAGCAAUUUUGGCAAUAUUGGUGCGACCAGUGGCAGUGCUGGUACGGGUGCUGGGGUUACUGCCAUGGGCUCAGACCUCACCAGCAGCGGUGGCAGCAGUUCAGUGCCCAUUGAUGCCCUCAGCGAGUCACAUUUAACAUUUGUCAUUGUCAAAUGUUUCAUUAUCGGUUUCAUCAUCCUCGCUGCCAUAUUGGGCAACAUGCUGGUGAUUGUAUCCGUCAUGCGACACAGGAAAUUGCGGAUUAUCACCAAUUAUUUUGUGGUCUCUCUGGCAGUGGCGGAUAUGCUGGUGGCUCUGUGUGCCAUGACCUUUAAUGCUUCCGUAGAAAUAUCCGGCAAAUGGAUGUUUGGCUCAAUCAUGUGUGAUAUGUGGAACAGUUUCGAUGUCUACUUUUCCACGGCGAGUAUAAUGCAUUUGUGUUGCAUAUCGGUGGACAGAUAUUAUGCCAUAGUCCAGCCAUUGGAUUAUCCCUUAAUUAUGACACAUAGGCGUGUGUUCAUCAUGCUGGUGAUUGUGUGGCUGGCGCCUGCUCUACUCUCAUUUCUGCCCAUUUGUUCUGGUUGGUAUACGACCAGUGAGAAUUGGCGCUACUUAAAGUCAAAUCCUCAUAUCUGUGAAUUUAAAGUCAAUAAAGCAUAUGCCAUUGUCAGUUCUUCGGUGAGUUUUUGGAUACCUGGCAUUGUCAUGCUUUCCAUGUACUAUCGCAUUUAUCAAGAGGCCGACAGGCAGGAGCGGCUUGUUUACAGGUCGAAAGUCGCAGCUCUGCUAUUGGAGAAGCAUCUGCAGAUAAGUCAAAUACCUAAACCCCGUCCUAGUAUACAAGUGGAGCCCGCCACCAUAUCCACAAUGCGAAGAGAACGCAAGGCAGCACGCACUUUGGGCAUCAUAAUGAGUGCCUUUCUCCUCUGUUGGCUGCCAUUUUUCCUGUGGUAUAUAACAUCCACAUUGUGCGACAGUUGUACCACACCUCGCAUUGUGGUGGGCAUCCUUUUCUGGAUUGGUUAUUUCAAUUCCGCCUUGAAUCCCAUCAUUUAUGCCUACUUUAAUCGCGAUUUUCGUGGAGCAUUUAAGAAGACAUUAAAGUCCUGCUGCCCGUAUAAGCUCAUAAAUUGUCGUGUCAGCGCUGGCGGCGAAAUGCCACCAUUUGUUAAUUCCACCGCCUCAUCGGAGAUUCACAUGAAUAUACUGCGUGCCCGUCAAUAUGCCACCUCAGCAUCGUCACAUCAACUGCAGACGUUGUAUCAGAACUAGACACUUAACUGCUGGCAGCCCUGAGUGCUUGCCAUCAAGCUUGCUCUGCAAGCAAAAAAGUGGCCAAAGGACAUGUCUUUGUUUGUCUGCCAGCCAGGCCGAAGAACCACGCAAUAGAGAGACCACCGCCAUACAAAUAAUCCACAAAAGACAAACCCAAAUGGCCAUCUUCCAUCAUCGCAUCGCAUCACACCACUACACCAUGACCAUCACUUAUGCCUCUUCUGGCAGGCAUCAACAUCUAGAAAAACAACAAGAAACACUUCAAACUUGAACUCUCCCACUCCCUCAAAUGGUCCAAAGACUUUGUUUUUGUGCACUUUUGUGUACAUACAUUCUAGACCGAAGGCAUCAGAGGACGACCACGAACUGCUAUAGCCGCAGCAGUUAUAGUGAAACUCUGGAGAGGAAAAACUUCUGACAACUAAAGCAAGCAACUAACCAACCAACUAAACAAAAGAUAUGUACCCAAAGAGCUCUGAAACGUAAACAAUAAAUAAAAUAAUAAAAAAAAAUGUAGUAAAAGUUAAUAAGUUUCACUUGAAGCAAAACGAUGUGGAAGACAGCAGAAGGAUUUGCAAACAGUUGUGUUUCAUCGAAUAGCACACGCAAUAGACAAUACCUAAACAUUAAAGGAAGAUAUUAUUUCAAAUAAUAUUUUUUUGAAAGAUAUUUCGCUUAUUUCACCAGAAAUUUGUUUAUUUUAAGAAAAUAUUACAAUAAUUCUCUUUUUUAAAACUCCCCGUUUCUUCUUAAAUAUUUUCAGAUUUAAUUUUUCUUUGCACAUUGGAUAUAGCAAAGGAAAAAUGUGGAAAAAUUUAUA